AUGAACUCCGUGGAAGAGCCGAGUCUUGGCUCAGACUGGGUAGGGGUGGAGGCAGCACGCUCUUCCUGCUCGGGGGAGGUCUUGGCCUCGGGGGGCGAAUGGAAAGAGUCCGAGGAAUACGUCAUCGUGGAAGCGGCCAGAGACACGAGAGAAGGUAUCACCUUGCUCAGCAGAGUCGGUCGCGGUGUUAGGAGCUUCGUGGUCUCCAUCCUGGCUGAACUGGGCAGAGGAACCAGACUCAGCGUCAUUGUCGGCGGUGUACUUGUCCUUCAGAGUGAAGGAGAAACCGGAGCUAGCCUCAUCGUUGGCGUGACGGUCCACAAACGAGUCGAAGUAGUCAGAACGGGCCUCGGAGCCAACAACCUGGAUGUUGCCCUGCAUGAAGACAUCAGAGCUGAAGUCGCCUUGGGUAGUCUCGUCCUGGACAUCGGGAGGGUUCUAUACAGAUUAAUCGUCAGCAAUGAUCCAAAUCGGGCCACCCAGGGAUCGCUGCUGAAAAUACUGCAUAGCAGACAGGACCGAAUCCUUUCCAGAGGCCAUGAAGUCCUUAGGCGAAGCAAUACCCUUGUAAGCAAGAGUAAGACGGACGGACGCAGCGACCGUGCCAGGAGCACUCACCUGGAGUUGAUUGUCCGAGCCAUUAUCAUCAUCGACAGGAGUAUCAGCGAGAGUGUCGACAGUCACGAUGAUAGUGCUCACAUGGCGGACAUCAGCAUCAUCGGUCGCGCUUUCGAUAACGGCACCAUCACGACGAGCUUCCUCCUUGGCGUAGUGCAAAGCCUAUUUAUGAAAUGA